AUGGCAAAAGGGAGAGGAAAACCAUCAUACCACUGCAAAAAGUCCUACUCUAAAAAAGGAAACGUUCCUACUCACAAACGUAUUCAUACACAGGAGAAACCACAUCACGGUGAAGCCUCUGAUGAAUCAUUCCCUGCAAGUAGUUCCUUGACUAAUGACAAAAGCCUGAACGCAGGCGAGAAAGCAUAUCACUGUGAUAUCUGUAGAGAGUCGUUCUCUCAAAAUAUUCACUUAACUAUACACAAACGCAUUCAUACUGGGGAGAGACCACAUCAUUGUGAGAUCUGCGGCGAAAAAGAAUACCAGUGUGAUAUCUGUGGGAAAUCAUUCUCUCGAAAUGGUCACUUAGCUAAACACAGAUGUACUCAUACAGGAGAGAAGCCAUAUCACUGUGAUAUCUGUGGUUCACCAUUCUCUCAGAAAAGUGAAUUAACCAAUCACAAACGCAUUCAUACAGGAGAGAAGCCAUAUCGUUGUAACAUCUGUGGGAAAGCUUUUUCUUGUACACCUUAA